GAAAAUAGAAAAGAAAAAAAAGUGUGGUUGUCCAUUUCCUGUGAAAAGCUUUUGUCUGCUGUUGCUGAGAGUAAGAACUAGGAAGAGAAACUCAAUGCUCGCUGUUCAGACUAGUCACCGGUAGUGCAGAGGAGAUCUCUCGUUCUCUCUCGGGGUCUCUUUCUUUCUCUCGCUUCGAGUGUAACUUUUGAACGGUUUGGUCCAUGAGCAUAUGAGGCCAUGAGGCGAGCAUCGAAGGAGAAAGGUCAGGAGAAUGCGGGCUGCUCUCUGCUCAGUCCACAGGAGAAUGAGAGGCUGGAGGAUCUGCUGGGCAGGAGGUGUGUGUCUCUGUCCUCAGCGGUUGUGCAGUUGCUCAUGGCUGUUCCGAGCGAGCCGAACCGCUGGACACCUCAGCAAUCUGGAGUAGUGUGUUUCGUCAAGGACAGUCAUCAGCGCUCCUUUUUCAUCCGUCUCUUUGACCUCAAGGCAGGGAAGCUGGUGUGGGAACAGGAAAUCUAUAACCAACUAAUGUACCAAAGAGUCAUGGCUUUUUUUCACACUUUCCCUGGAGAUGACUGUCAAGUGGGGUUAAACUUUGCAGAUGUAACAGAGGCUGAAAAUUUCUUUGCUGUAGUGGAGGAGAAGAUCAGCCAGAGAAAUAAUCGCUUUGAGAAACAGCAGAGAAAAGGAUCAGAUUCUAGAGAUCGUAAAACUUUGCCACUGCUUCCUCGACCAAAUGUGGUACCAAGUAAUGUCCAGAUCCAAAUUACCCCUUCCAAAUCAAAGAAAGAAAAGAAAGAAAAAGACAAGAAAAAUAAGAAAAAAGGAUCCAAACUGUUGAAGGGUUCUAUUGGAGCACCCAGUGGAUUCACGCAUGUCAGUCACCUAGGCAUGGGUCCAAACAAUUUGGACCCAGACCUGAAGAAACUUUUGUCCUGCGCUGGUAUCAGCGAAGCAGCUAUGGAUGAUUCGGAAACCUCUCAACUCAUCUAUGAAGCCAUUGAGCGUUCAGGUGGAAUGGAGGCUGUUAAAAAGGCUGUAAAAGAGAAGGAGUCUACAUGCCCUCCUGUUCCUAGUGGACAUCGGGGUUCUCUUCCCCAAGUGCCAUCCGGGUUCUCCUCAGCGCCGCCGCCACCACCUCAAGGUCGAACAGGGCCUCUACCCCUUGUCCCAGGUCAAACUUCUGCUCCACCAUCCCAUCGAGCUUCCCUUCCACCCCCACCUCCAAGAGCAGUUCCAUCACAACAAACAAUAGAGGGCCGCGGUGGUCCUCCGCCAGCCCGAUCUACAGCAUUAGGGCCCCUGCCCCCUGUUCCUGCUGGUGGGCGUACUGGGCCCUUGCCUCAACCUCCAGGAGCCCGCAGCGCACCCUUACCACCUGCACCUGGAGGUCGGAGUGGAGGCUUGCCCCCGCCACCACUCCCAGGAGAACGUAGGGAGUCUUUAGCCCCCGUUCCAGGAAAGAGACCUGGAACUCAAGUGUCCGAAAGGCGAGGUAGCUUCCUGCCACCCCCACCUACUGAGGCAGCUCCCCCACCACUACCUCCAGGAACGAGGAACGCACCCUUACCCCCACAUCCAAGAGACAAUAGAUUUUUGCCACCUCCACCCCAAUCUGAAAUGCCGCUACCUCCUCCCCCGUCUGGUUAUUUCCCUUCUCCACCUUGUGAAUCAUUUCCUCCACCUCCACCUGAAGACUUUGCUGAUUCUAUGCCUCCACCUCAUACCUUUGAAUCCAACUUUCCUCCCAGAAGCAAUUCCUCAGGCUUCGCCCCUCCACCCCCUCGAGUCACAGCCAAACCCAGCGCAGGUGGUCCGCCUCCGCCACCUCCUCCUCCACCUCCUGCUGCUGCCCCUCCUCCAAUGAAUUUUGGAAGCAACUCCUCUCCUCCAACUGGUCCACCACCUCCAGCAUCCAGCGGUGGGGAAGGGGGUAGAGGAGCAUUACUAUCCCAGAUACAAUCAGGGUUGAAGCUCAAAAAGGUGGCAGCAAACCAAGAACCCCCUUCACCUUCACUGGAUACAGGAGAGGGAAUAGUUGGAGCUCUCAUGAUGGUGAUGCAGAAGAGGAGUAAAGCCAUCCAUUCAUCUGAUGAGGAUGAAGAAUUUGAUGAUGAAGAGGAUGAUGACGAAGACUGGGAUUAAUCCUGUUGUAAUUGAAAUAUUUUCGAUACAUGUACUUGGGCAGCUUUACAUGUUUUUGAAGUUAAACAACACUGAUCCAAUGUAUUUUCUCUAGGGAUGCACUGAUAUUCAAAUUCUGGCCAAAACUGAUCAUUAUUUUUAUGUUAAGGUCGAUAACC